CACAACUGCUGUCUCAUUGACCUAGGCCAAUUUGGAGUUGACAUAUGACCCACUACAGUGACUGUCAAUCAUCAAAUCAUUGGAAUGAAAUACUAAAAAAAUCAAUAAAUAACUUUUAUCUGUUUAUUCGAUUACAUAAUAUGUAAGAUUUUUAAAAAACGAAGAAAAAAUCCAUUUAUAAUGUUCUGUGUUGUAGCCUGUUUGGGCUAGUCCGCCUACAACACAUUAAUUGAAAGAGUCAUGUAUGAUUUACUCAAUAUAUUUACCUUUUUUCAAAAACUAUCAGUGAAUUUUGUUUGGAAGUUGGAUCGUGAGAAAAGGCUAGACCUACAUACAGUAUGUUCUUGUUUUUAUGUACCGUGUUUGUGGAUUGUGGUUAAUUUGGUCCAGCCAUCCGGAUACAAAUAAUCCUAGCAAAAUAAACCUAGAAACCUACAAUGGCCAUAGGCUGCGAUACUCCCCCUCUUUUAACAAGGAGUGCCUCUAGCCAGCUACAGUGUUGCAUUCUUGAAUCACCGUGACUUUCGUUUUCGCUUCCAUGUCCGUACUUGACAUUAAAAGCUGAGACAGACAGCUAUACACGCCUGGACACACUGAGUUUGACUUGGUGAAGCAAGAAGACUUAAUCAAUAUGGCAGGACAUGAGGAGGACAUGAUGGAAGUGGAUGAUAAUGGUUCUGACCCAGCCUUGGCAGCCAGUGGAGCACAGCACUAUCCACAAUGGGAGUCUCCGAGCCCCCAUGGGAUGGGUGAUAGGACCUAUUCUUCAGGAACAAGUGGGGAGCAAGUGAGAGUAACACAGCCACAUUCAUAUCCUACCAGUCACACCCAAAGUACUGUUAUGACUGAUAAGAAAAAGGACCCGUAUUUGACAGAUCUGUAUCGGUCAAAGGAGGAGAUUGAGGGAAAUGAGGUGAGUGUGGAUCCUCCUGCUGAAGGAGCUACUGGCUCUAAUAGAGACAGACAAUCACAGAGAGAUCAGCAUUCUCCCAUCAACUCCCAAAGGACUCAAGAUGUGGAUCUGAAUCAAGCUAAGGUUGAAGAGAGAAAGCAGCUGUCAGCAUCUCCAGAUGAGGCUACAGUCUAUGUCAGUGUGGAGUGGCCUGGGAAAGACCUUCCACCAAGAUGGGAGUCCACACUAGAGAAAACUCUCCAGUCAUGGUUCAAUAAAGACUUUGGUGAUAAGACAACAGAUACAGAUUGCACCUUGAAGGGUCUUUAUGGCAAUGGGUUCUGGGCAGUGGUCAAUAUAUCUCCCUCAUCAGAUCUAAAAGUACUUCUGAAGCAGAGGGCAACACAGAUGACGUUCAGAGACCAGGCCAAGACAACCGCUACUGUGCAGUUUCACAGGACUGCACCACCAUUUCAACCCUGGAACCAAUCAGACUGUAAACCCAACUUAAUGGAUGCCUCUCCUCCAACAUCAUCACACACUCUACAGGAUGUAAUUGGUUUUGCUUUUGUCAAACUCCCAAUGACUGUACAUGCUAGCAUUGAUCUCAGUGGCUUCCCACAUGAAGCACAGGUUGCCCUUCAGACCAAGUUCAGUCAGUACCUCACUUAUCACUCACUGACCUUGACUGGGAACUUUGAGGAAGUGGAGAAGUUCCACAGAGAGGUGACCAAGGUCAUCAAGGAAGCUGAAGCUGGGCCAGCAGGUGAUUGGAAUGGUUUAGAAGCGGCACCAAGCAUGACUCACAAUGAAAUGAACACCCAUGAAGCCCCUGGGCAAAAGGAAAUGAGCUGUACAGUCCCACUGAUCCAGUUCGUGUACUUGAACCAGGCCUACCGGAAGGAGAUGGAGGACAUAGAGAAAAUAAAUGGAGUCAAAAUCAAUGCAGAUGUGAAGGUGUCUUUCAAAGAACAUCCAGAGAAAACAGACAGAGAUUUUCUGCUGACCGAAGCCUACCAGGAGUUCACUGACCUCUUCCGGAAGUGUGCAGGUGACUUUGACAGCAUCUCCGCACACCUGCCACACAUGAAUCCAGAAGACCUCCAGUUUACGCUGAAGAACAUCCAGAAUGAGGAGACCAGGCUGGUGCUGAAUGUGUCCGCCAACGGGUGCAAUGUGCUUGGGCCGAAGCAGAGCGUGGUAGCAGUCAGGAAGGCUUUUGAGGUGGGCCACACCUCCACAGUAAAGACCUUCGGAAUGGAUCACAGCUCCGCAGAUAAGGCCUUUGGAUUUGCUGGAGGAUCUAGAAGGAGAUCUACAGAAAUUCCACAGAAGAUUGUGAUUGACAUCAAAGACCCACUGGUUUCAGGUGGGCUGUCCAUGGACCCGGCCCACUGGGAGCUGAUGAAAAAAAUAUUUUCUGAGAAAAUAACAGCAAUCCAAAGUAAAUUUGGAGUAGUUUUCAUGGAUAAUCCCUCUCAGGGGAAGGUCAAAGUGACAACCAUGCCUAUCAAGUCCCAACACACUGCCUCUCUGGAAAGCCACGCCAUCAGAGCUCUAAUGCACCUCUACCAGAAGGUUGCCACGUCAACAAUGAGCUGCUACCUGCUAGACACUACUCACGCAGGGACCGUGGGGGACAUGCUGGAGAAGAUCCGCUCUCGACACCUCUGUGUUGGGGCAGGAGAAAACUACGGUCCCUGGAGGCUGAUCGGCCUACCGGAGCAUUUAGGCCCUGCUGUCAAAGAGCUAGAAGAGAAGCUAGGUAGGCCUGUGUUUAAAGAGGAAGACAAGCAGAGGAUUGGGUAUCCUGAAGGCUACAACACUGGAGCAGCCGUGGGGGGAGCAGCUGGAGAUGGAGGAGCGACAGGAGGGGCUGAAGAGGAGAAAUGCCCCAUAUGCAUGGAUACAUUUACCAACAAGGAGAAGUUGUCCUGCACCCAUGAGUUUUGUAAAGAGUGUCUGAGGCGGUCAGUGGAAACCAUGGGCCCCAGCUGUCCUGUGUGUAAGGAUGUAUACGGGAAGAUGGAGGGAGACCAGCCCGAUGGAAAAAUGACACACUAUACUUCUAUCAACAACAUACCUGGAUUCCCUCACAGUGGCACGAUAGUUAUCAACUAUGAUAUUCUAGAUGGAAUACAGACGAACAAACAUCCCAACCCUGGAAAGAACUUCUAUGGGACCAAAAGAACGGCUUAUCUACCAAACAACAAGGAGGGGAAUGAGGUGCUGAUGCUGCUGAAGAAAGCAUUUAAGCAGAAGCUGAUUUUCACAGUUGGGAUCUCCAGAACCACUGGGGCAGAGAACACGGUGACCUGGAACGACAUUCACCACAAAACCAACAUCGAUGGAGGGGCACAAAAUUUCGGCUACCCUGACCCUGACUACCUGAGCAGAGUGAAGGAUGAGCUGAAAGCCAAAGGCAUCAAAUGAAGACAAUUUUGGAAAUAGAACAGAGGACUAGUUCAGUUGAGAUUCAAAGCUGUUUACAAUGGCCCCUUUUAAAGAAGACGAGGGCUGAAAAACAGAGAGGGGAAAGCGAUGAUUCAUGUUUGCCAUAUCACUGUUCUCACUCUGGGUUGUGACAAUACUACAGUACAAGAGUCUUUUGGAAAAUGGUUUUUGAUGUCGGGGACCUUUUUGGUCAAGAUUCUUUGUUUUUGAAGCCAUUUGUCUAAACAAAUGUAAAUGUUUCGGGGGAUUUCGUUUUGAUUGGUAUACUGGUAGUUAUUUUAUUUUAUUUUCUAGAUGCUUGAAUCCAGGAUAACGUGUGAGCUAUGACAAAAUGUAUUGAAUGAAUAGAAAUAUGGAACAUUAAAAGCACUGACAUAAUAAUCAAAGAUGAUUAAACAGAAUGGCAACAUUCAGAUUUAAAAUCAACCGCAAUAUAUUAUAAUUACCAGUUGGUGAUCUCUCAUUAGAUAAACAGAUCCACUUGCUGGAACUGAAAAGUUUGGUUCAGUGCUCGCUUAUUAAGGCCCAAUGAACAUGUUCUUGUGUGAUUAACUCAAGUUUGUAUUGAAUUUUGUUUGAUGAUUGGUAAUGAGAAUAAAAAGUCAAUUUAAGACAGUGA